GCACCGUGCGUGCCGGACUCGCGCACCGCCGCCGCUGGAAUCCCCCCGGAGUGCCCCCGCCAGGCAGCGAUGCCAGGAUGCCCGUCUCUGCCUCUCUCCGCCAGGACGGCAGCCAGGAGCGACCCGUGAGCCUGACCUCCAACGUGAGCCUGACCUCCAACGCGUCCUCAUCAGGCUCCUCUCGAGACAGCCGAGGCACCAUGGAGGAGCCCAGUGGCCCUGAGCCCUUGGCCACGAACGGGGCAGGCUCCCCACGCAGCCGGCACCCCCCGAACAGUAACAACAACUCCAGCAGCUGGCUGAACAGGAAGGGACCCCUUUCCCCAUUCAACAGCCGGGCAGCGGCGGCGCCGGGGCACAAGCUGAGCUACCUGGGCCGCGUGGUGCGGGAAAUCGUGGAAACGGAGCGCAUGUACGUGCAGGACCUGCGCAGCAUCGUGGAGGACUACCUCUUGAAGAUCAUCGACACACCCGGGCUGCUGAAGCCAGAACAAGUCAGCGCCCUCUUUGGGAACAUAGAAAACAUCUAUGCACUGAACAGCCAGCUACUCAGAGACCUGGACAACUGCAAUAGUGACCCCGUGGCUGUGGCCAGCUGCUUUGUGGAAAGGAGUCAAGAGUUUGAUAUCUACACCCAGUAUUGCAACAACUACCCCAACUCGGUGGCCGCCCUGACGGAAUGCAUGCGGGACAAGCAGCAGGCCAAGUUCUUCCGGGACCGGCAGGAGCUGCUACAGCACUCACUGCCCUUGGGCUCCUACCUGCUAAAGCCAGUCCAGCGCAUCCUCAAGUACCACCUGCUGCUCCAGGAAAUUGCUAAACAUUUUGAUGAGGAAGAGGAUGGUUUCGAGGUGGUGGAGGAUGCCAUUGACACCAUGACCUGCGUGGCCUGGUACAUCAAUGACAUGAAGAGGAGGCAUGAGCACGCUGUUCGGCUCCAGGAGAUUCAGUCGCUGCUCAUUAACUGGAAGGGGCCGGACCUGACCAUCUACGGGGAGCUUGUCCUGGAGGGCACAUUCCGCGUGCACCGUGUGCGGAAUGAGAAGACCUUCUUCCUCUUUGACAAAGCGCUGCUCAUCACCAAGAAGCGGGGCGAUCACUUCGUCUACAAGGGUCACAUCCCGUGCUCCUCCCUGAUGCUGAUCGAAAGUACCAGAGACUCCCUGUGCUUCACCGUCACCCACUAUAAGCACAGCAAGCAGCAGUACAGCAUCCAGGCCAAAACAGUGGAGGAGAAACGGACCUGGACUCACCACAUCAAGAGGCUCAUUCUGGAGAACCACCACACCACCAUCCCACAGAAGGCCAAGGAAGCCAUCUUGGAAAUGGACUCCUGCUAUCCCAAUCGGUACCGCUACAGCCCAGAGCGCCUGAAGAAGGCUUGGUCCUCCCAGGAUGAGGUGUCCACCCACGUGCGCCAGGGGCGCCGGCAGUCUGAGCCUGGUCAGCCCCUGUGCAGCCGGGCAACACUCCCCAGCAGGCAGCGAGGCAUCGUGGUGCCAGGCCUUGAGGGCCGUAGAAAGUCGGAGCCAACCAGGCACCUGCUCAGGCAACUCAGCGACAAAGCAGCCAGAGUGGCAGGAAUGAAGCAUGCAGGCAGUGCUGGCGCUCUCCUGGACUCCGGGCCGCCCUCCCGUGCUCGGGCCCUGCAGCCGGAGGCUCAGGGGGCUGCCCGGGAGGAGCAGGAGGAGGAGGAGCAGGAGGAGGUGGUGGAGGAGGACGAGGAGGAGGAGGCCUUUCAGGUCACUCUGGAGGACCUGGCAGGGCGAGAAGGCAGCAAGAAGGGGUCUGGGCCAGAGCCCCCAGGCUCAGAGGAAGAGGAGGAGGAGGAGGAGAGCCUGGCAGUGGCGGAGCAGGUAGCCGACUUUGCCAGCUCCCUGCUGGCCGCCCUCCACUGCUGGCACUAUCGGGCCAACGCUUUACUUUUCUCCCGGGGUGCUAUGGGGAAGGGGCGCAGGGAGUCUGAAGGCCCCAAGAGCUGCAGGAGGCCCGGCGGCCGGUCUCCAGCCAGUGCUGAGAAGUGCAUGAGCUUCGAGUCCGUCUCCUCCCUGCCUGAGGUUGAGCCAGACCCCGAGCCUGGGGCAGAGCAGGAGGUGUUUGCUGCCGUGGAAGGUCCCAGCGCUGAGGAGAUAGCCUCAGACGCAGAGUCUCCGGAGGUCCUGGGAACACAGCCUGGCGCCCAUCAGGAGCUGCUGGGGCUGGACCACCUGAGUGACAUGGUGGACUUCGUGGUGGCCAAGAGCACCAAGGACAUUAAGGCCUUGAGCAGUGAGGAGGAGGAGGAGGAGGAGGAGGAGGAGGAGGAGGAAGAGGAAGAGGAGGAAGAGGAGGAAAUGGGUGCUGCCCAGGAGCCCGAGAGCCUCCUGCCGCCCUCUGUGCUGGACCAGGCCAGCGUCAUUGCUGAGCGGUUCGUCAGCAGCUUCUCUCGGCGGAGCAGCCUGGCCCUGGAGGACGGCAAGUCCACCGGCUUCGGGACCCCGAGGCUGACCAGCCGGAGCAGCAGUGUGCUCAGCCUGGAGGGCAGCGAGAAGGGCCUGGCCCGGUGUGGCAGCACCACAGACUCCCUUAGCUCUCAGCUCCCCCUGGAAGUGGACCUCAGUGUGGAGGUGGCCCUAGAGAGUGGCCCUCCUGUCAAUGGGACGGAGCCCCCAAGCCCGGGCUGCUCAGUGGAGACCGACAGGUCUUCCUGCAAAAAGAAGGAAUUGAUGCUCUCCACUCGAGACCGGCUGCUGUUGGACAAAAUCAAGAGCUACUAUGAAAAUGCCGAGCACCAUGAUGCAGGCUUUAGCAUCCGGCGCCGGGAGAGCCUCUCCUACAUCCCCAAAGGCCUGGUGAGAAACUCAGUCUCCAGGUUCAACAACCUUCCCAGGCAGGACCCAGAGCCAGUGGCCCCAUUGGGGCACAAGAGACAGUUGGGUGCCAGGCCGGCUUCAUGGGCCCUGUUUGACCUCCCAGGACCAGGCCCGGCGGGUGCAGGUGCUGGGGACCCAGCUCCUAUCACAGACACGGAGUUCCGCCCGUCUUCAGAGAUUGUGAAGAUCUGGGAGGGGAUGGAGUCUUCGGGGGGGAGCCCUCAGAAGGGGCCAGGCCAAGGCCAGGCCAAUGGCUUUGACCUGCAUGAGCCGCUCUUCAUCCUGGAGGAGCAUGAGCUGGGAGCCAUCACGGAAGAGUCGGCAGCUGCCUCACCGGAGAGCACCUCCCCCACCCAGCGGCCGAGCCCGGCCCACCUGGCGCGGGAGCUGAAGCAGCUGGUGAAGGAGCUGAGCAGCGGCUCCCAGGGAGAGCUGGUGGCCCCGCUGCACCCCCGCAUCGUGCAGCUCUCCCACAUGAUGGACAGCCACGUGAGUGAGCAAGUCAAGAACAAGGUCUACCAGCUGGCCCGCCAGUACAGCCUCCGGAUUAAGAGCAAGAUGGGGACAGCCAGGCCACCGCUGCAGUGGGAAGACGCAGCUUCCACCAUUCCCCGCCUGCAGGAGGAGGUUGGAGUGCAGUCGGGUGGCAAAGGUAGGAGAAGGCCGGUGCUGUCCCUGCUCCACAAGCAGCUGCUGGUCCCGGAGCACAGCCCGCCUAAGCCCUGCGCUGCCGGGGAGACGGCGCUGCGGAGUUUCUCCUUCAGCCCCUCUGCUGCCAACUCGAGGACCCCUUCUCCGGGGGCCCGGCCCCCCACGCGAAGCCCCCUCAGCCCCUUGGACACUGAGACCUUCGACUGGCCUGACGUCCGCGAGCUCUGCUCCAAGUACUCCUCCCAGGAUGAGGCGGCCCAGGCUGAGGGCCGCCGGCCCCGCGGGCCACCCGUCAACCGGAGCCACUCAGUGCCGAACAUGGUGGAGCCCCCUCUGUCGGGCAGGGUGGGCCGCUGCUGCAGCCUGAGCGCCAAGAGGGGCCGUGCAGGCCCAGAGGCCGCCCAGCCCCCGCCCCCCAGGGGCCUGCCCCAAGGCAGGCCAGACAGAGAGGAGGCCCUGCACGUCACCGCCGACCUCACCCUGGAGGACAACCGGCGGGUGAUCGUCAUGGAGAAGGGGCCCCAGCCUGGCCCCGCUGUGGGGCUGGAGGGGAGCAGUGGCCCAGGACCAAGCUCACCCCCAGCCAUGGCGGGGCAGGGCCAGGAUUCGCAGGAGUUUGCAGAGUACCGGCCGAAGGGAGAGGGUCCCAGGGACCCAGUGGACCCCAACCAGCAAGGCCGAGUGAGGAACCUGAGGGAGAAAUUCCAGGCCUUGAACUCUGUGGGUUGACUCUUGAGUCCCGGGGGAGGGAGAGCUGGGGACAGGGAGGGCCCUUGGCAUAUGCCUACAAGCCUGGGCCCUCGGAAAGGCUGUGCCUGGGAAGACGGCUCCGUAUACGCAGCAGGUGCAUGGCGACCUUCCACAGGCCCAGAUGAGCCCUCUUCCCUCUCCGGCCAGUGUGGCCACUUGCCUUGUAUAUAGUUCUCUGGUAAGAAGCCAAAUAUUUAAGCUCACCUCUUCCCAGGGAGAGCAAGCCCUGCUCAGGCCUCCGGCGUUGGCUGGCCACUGCCAGACGGGAGCCCAGACAGACGCCGCGGCACGGUGGCCCGGAGAGGCUCGGCUCUCUAACUGCCUCUCCUUAGGGUCCAGGCAGGACCGAAGUCCGUAAUUUAUUGCUUUCCAUCCUGGGGUGUGUCUGUGCGCCCGCGUGAGUGUGUUUUCUGUCGUUGAUUCCCCUCCCGGGAAGAAUGUAACGGACUCAUUCAGGUACUUGUGUGGGUUGUCUCGCUGACCCUGUGGUUUUCGCUAAUGUACACACAUUUCAUUAUUUGCCAAUGGUGCAAUAACCACUGCUGACCAACCGACCUGUGUGUGGCCUCAUCACCGGGCCUGGCGGGAUGGGGAGAGCUGGCCGUGC